GCACCGCCGCCGCGCGCGCUGGCGUGACUCCCGGCCCGCGCCCUCCCACGUCCGCAGCCGGCUCGGCUUCCUGCCCGCCCAGACGCCGCUUCUCCCGGGCUCCCGGCCUGGGCUCCGCGGAGGGAGCGGAAAUGAGUGCGGCGUCGGCGUCGGCGCCCGAGCGGGGUUGGAAGAGCGAGAAAGUGGACGAGGCUCAGGCCCUCGCGCGGAGUUGCGCUGCCCGCAGACCCGACUUCCAGCCGUGCGACGGUCUUUCCAUCUGUGCCACGCACAGCCAUGGCAAGUGCUUCAAGCUGCACUGGUGCUGUCACCUAGGAUGGUGUCACUGUAAAUAUGUGUAUCAGCCUAUGACCCCUGUGGAGCAGCUUCCAAGCACUGAGAUUCCUGCAAAGCCUCGAGAACCCACAAACACCAUUCAGAUCUCAGUGUCACUCACUGAACACUUUUUGAAAUUUGCAUCUGUCUUCCAGCCACCCCUACCCCCUGACUCACCAAGGUACUGUAUGAUCUCAGACCUCUUUAUCGACAACUAUCAGGUUAAAUGUAUUAAUGGGAAGAUGUGUUAUGUGCAGAAGCAGCCAACGCCGCAUUCCCACAAAAUGAGCCCUGAGGAGGUCUCUGCACACGAUGCCUUAAUUUCAAGAGAGAGCAAUACACCAAAAAUAGAUCACUGCUCUUCUCCCUCGAGUUCUGAGGACUCCGGGAUCAAUGCGAUCGGGGCUCACUAUGUGGAAUCGUGUGAUGAGGACACGGAAGAAGGAGCAGAACUGAGUUCAGAGGAAGAUUACAGUCCAGAGAGCAGCUGGGAGCCGGAUGAGUGCACCCUUCUCUCCCCCUCGCAGUCUGAUCUGGAAGUGAUUGAGACAAUAGAAACCACCGUGUGAGAGUCGAAGCAGGAAGCCAUGGCCUCUGAUCCAUGCUGAGCUUUUGUACUUUUGCCUGAUGGAUCCUUUUUCCAAUGCAGUUGGUAUUUUCUACCCCUAACAACCAUCUGCUGAUUAGCAUCACUCUUACAUUAGUCUUAUAACUGAAACAUUCUUUUUCUUAUAAAUGGUUUUCUUUUGUAUCUCGACUUAUUUUCUAUGUAGCAUCUGGUGUCAUGAAUUGUGACCCAGCCUUAAUUUCACGGGGAACUUCGAAAGCAAUGACGUGAUGAUGGCAGAGUAUCAUGGAUCAGGUUGAGGAGCUACCCGGAGUGAAGGAGGCAGUGAAGGAGCCAGUUCUUCACACACACACACACACACACACACACACACAGCCCUCUAGGCCUUCCUCUUGCGUGCUGACAGGGAUCCUUCCCCUGCUAGGGUCAUAUGGGAAUCAGCUCAUGAGAGGGGAACAGAGAGGGCACCAGUAGGUGCCAUUCUGUCCCUUUUCCCUUCUUCCCACCACCUGCAUGGGUCUGGGCCACUGUUGCCUCGGCUUACUUUUGGAGGUUCCCGAAGACCCCGUUCAACGCCUAGUUAUGGCCAGUGGUCGCAUACUGUGCAUGAUCUGGGGUGGAGCUAGACCUUCACUGAAGAAGAGCUGACAGCUGCAGUUUCAUGUUCAGUCCAGCUUUAGCUGAGUGCUCCACUCUGCAGGGUGCAGCAUGGGCAUGCAGACUGAAUGAGCCCUGACUCCUGACAGGAGGGGGUCCACGGUCCAACAGAGGACUGGGCCAACGCAUGCAGGUCACGGGAUCCAGAGUGCUCUGGGAACCCAGGGCAAGGAGAGAGAGAUUAGGCUUGCCCUGGAGAAUGUGUUGCAGCAUUCAAGCUAGCCUCUUGGGUGGGUUCCUCAGCAUUUCCCUGUUUUCUUAGUUGUUCUUCAAAUCUGGGGAAAACUUUUAGGAAGUUAUAUAGGUAUUAUAUUUAGGAGGCAGCCACAUCUGACGUCUUAAGAAAAAAAAAUCAAUAAUAGUUUUAGUUAGCAUGGAAAUGCUAAAGACAGCAGUCCUUUAGGGAUUAGGAAUGAAUCUAAUAGGUUUGAUUAAUUCUGCUUCGUUUGGUUGUAUGAAGCAUUAGAAUGGCUUAGGUGAGAAAAUGGAAUAGAAUUCAGUAUGAUGCAUGGAUUUUUUAAUGCAAAUGCAAAAGCAGUUGAAAUAGUGUGCUGCUAAGUCAGGAGAAAAUAUUUUGUGUAAUAUUCACUUUACUACAGUAAUAGUCAUAGUCUGUUGUACAUGUUCUCUUUUCUCUCACAAAAUAGUGAAUAACACUUUCUUAUUUAGCUCUCUUCAGAAUUCUCCUAAUUUGCAUUUAUAUAAGGUGUUUUUGUGUGAGUUGCUUAUCUGCCAUUUCUCCAAAUCUGCCUUCUGUGAGGCGUAGUUAAGAAUCCAGGAAGUUUAAAAUAUGGCCCUAAUGAAACUAGAACUAUCAAAGGUGGGGAUAGAGAAAUAUUUCUUAUAUCUUAACCAUGAGCGUGCUCUUGUGGCAUUAUCUCAUGCUCUGUCCUCAUUUUUGCACAUUUCUUCUUUGUCACGUUAGUUUGUAUUUUAAGAAAUAAGAAGAGGCCCAUUGUGUUCUUGCCUGAAGCCUCCAUUUGGCAUCCUUCACAAAUCACUGUAGGCAGAGUCUGCUUUCUUAGUUGUAUCUGUAGUUCUAAAGUGAUUUCUAAGCGCUCCGUUAGGUUUAGGUGCCCAAAACAUCCCUAGGGUUUAGAAAGCAGAGGAUGCAUAUUCCUUUGAAAACAGUGUUAGUUAAAACUUCCUAUGCUAGAUGAGAAUGCAGCAUAAAGUUCCUGCUACCAAAACUUAGAGUCAACUAGUCUAACCAGGAAGGUGGUGAGAGGGGCUCCAGAACAGCAGGGUACAGGAAAGGGCAGGUGGAGGCAGGGGUGGGGAGAGGGGCUUCCCUGGCCCAGAUGGCUGGGGGAUAGACAUCUGAUGGGCCUGCCCGAGUCCUCAGUGCCUCCCAUGGUGGAGAAGCCAGCUGAAGGGGAGGGCAUGAAGCCCAAUCCUUUGAGCCGAGCAGUGUAGCCAGCCGCUGUGUACUCAGGGUUGUAGCAGCAACAUCAGGUUGUGUGUACCUGCCCUGGGGGGGAGCUAACUGAAGCCCCCCGGGGGGCCAGAUGGAAGGUAUUCUUUCUCUACACCUUUCCUAUCAGUUCGAAACUCUGGGCGCACAUUCCCCUUCAUUAAACUGAUUGGAGUCAACCACCAGGUCUCCAAAGCCAUGGAAAUAUGUGGUCACAGGGCUGUGACCUGAAGCUGGCUGUGUCAGGGCCAGAGCCUUUAUCAGUAACAUCUAUGACUUUGGCCUAGGUUCCUCUUUUUUAAACUCCUGAACUGCCAGUCAGAUUACCCAUGAUUUUAAUGGAAUUUUUGGAUUUAAUAAUGGUUGAUAAUCACUUUAAAUAUUUGCACAAUCUCUUUGUAAUUAAAACUCACUAAGCUUCACUUGCUACUAUUUUAUAGAAUUGGAGAUAUUCCAUUGGAUUCUAAAUAUCAGAUGCUCCUGGAUCUAAAAAUAGCCUUUUCUAAACAAGCACAAGCAAGAAUUUCUUUGUCCUGGCACUGUUAAUAAUUCUCUGAAAAUCAUAUAUAUGAUUGAACCAGAAUUGUUUCUUUUUGCUUGCAUUCCAAAAACAACUGAUAAGGAUAUAAAAAUGUAUAUUUACAACUUAAAUUCUAGGCCUAUCUGUUAUAUAUUAUAUAAAGGAAUUUCUCUGUAAACCUGAUAUUAUAUUGCUCAUUUGUAUAAGCAUAUUUAUAGGCACUUUAGAAAAUGUUUAGACUGCGAUGUGUAUUAUAGACCUCAAACACAGUCAUGUUAAGUAGUGUUUUGGUUAAUACUUAUACAUGAAAACUUUAUAGUGUGAGUUUGCUCACUGAGAGCAAAGAGUUGGGUUGUGUGGAUGGAGAAACUGCUUUUGGGGGUUUUGAUGUAAACCUGGCACACCAUUCCCACUACCUGAAAGUUGGUGUAAAGGCUGUUAGGUGGAAGAUGCAAAGUAAGUCCUGUAUGGAAUUUAGCUUUCUUAUCAAACCAAUAUUUAUUUUAGAAUUUUGAAGUUUCAAAUAUGCUCAUAACUUUUAUGAGAAAAGACAAAACAAUUAAAAUGCUUUUGUGGUUAAAACUAUUUGGUACAUUAACAAAUAUGGCUUUACAGUCAAAUUAGGUAUUUUUUUACCUUGUAAUUUUUAAGAAUUGAAGAAUUUGAGGAAAACCCUGGAGAAAAAUCAGUUGUUUUCCUAGAAGAGGAAGACAUGUACUUCAAGGUAAUACAAAACCAAAACAAAUGAAACCACCUAAACCAAAACAAAACCAUGAAGUGGUUGUCCUGAAGUAGCUUUUGGAUUUGAUCUAGGAUUUGAUACUGUUUUAGGACUGGUGGUUUUAUUUUUAUUUUUUAUUUUUUUUAUUUUUUUUUUUUAUUUUUUUUGGUGGUUUUAUUUUUUAACCUCCACUUCCUGGCCUAUUUGAAACCAUUCUCUUGGGAUUAAUCAUAACAAACUCCUUUUAUACAAAUUUCUCUAUUUGGGUAACAGGACACCACCUAUUUUAGAAAGCUGUCAAAAUACCCAGAUAUGUUUGGCGCUAUAAAUACGCCAGGCAAGGAAAAAAAAGCACAAGUUAAACUAAUAUUUAUACGUCAGCUCUUGAUUUCUUUUCCAUCUUGAUUGCAAAGUUGUAUUGACAUGUUUUGGCUUUUUACAGGUGGGAAAUAUUUUAACGGUUUUCUGUCCUACUCCCAUCUCCAGACAGGAGGUGGGAGCCAGAGCUGAGGAGGCCAGUUGCAUUUUAGGCUUUUUGGUAAAUAAUAUGUGCCUCUUGCCACUGGGGAGAAGGCAGAGGGAAAGAAGUAGGAGUUCUACUGGCUCUAUUGUUGCUUUGAAUUCCAGGGAUGUCAGUAUUUCUCACCUCCAAACAGAAGUAUAAGGGCACUUCUCAGAAUUAAUUUUGGAACUAUUUACCUUUUAAAAAUGUUAUGUCACUGCUCCCUUUCAUUACUCUGGGGCAUGGAGAGUUGACUGUACUGCGUGUGAAAGGGCCAUGCUUCUGUUAGUGCUUUGAGUUCUUUGGGUUCUGUUUAGACUGAAGCAGUGCUCUUAGUAUGAACAGGUUCUGAAAGCAAAUCAUCACUAGAGGCUUUAAUACUGAGCUUCCAUAUCAUUGUGUCCACAUUCACUUUUUAAGGCUGUUCAUACCUUGCAAUAUCCAGUUACUGUGCUAUGCUAGUUUUUGCACCUGUCUGCUUUAAAGUUUUAAGCACAAUGUUGACCCUUCUGUAAUUUCCUAAAAUUAUAUUGUUUUCCUACAGACAGCUCAACUUUCCUUUGUGUAGAAUACUUUAGGAAAAUACUUACUUGUAAAAUAAAUGUAAUUUUUUCUUUUGUACCAGCACAAAUCUGAUAUUUUGGAGUUUGGAAUAUUCUCUCCCCCUGCUUUCUUCCUCGGGGAGCUUCCUUCUGGUUUAAGUAACACAUUGUGAACUAAACAAAACAAAAACCAAAACCCGCACUUGUGAAAUGUGAAACACGUAUUGAGUGCUUGCUUUGUGCCAGGAAAUACGCAGUUUACAUCAUUAUUACACUUAGACUUUACAACAACUAUGAAGCGCAGGUGAGUAUUAUGACCCAUGUUGGUCAUACGGUCAACUGCUCACAACAACUCCCAGAACACUUUGUAACAAGAACUUUUUUGUUGUCUACAUCAUUUUAUACUAAUAAAACUUAGAUUCCCCUACAGUCUUUUAGUUCAGCAAAGCCACAGCUUUGUAUUUGGUUUACACAGGCCAUGUGAGACAGUUCUAACCACAGGUCCUUGGGGGUGCAGUCGCUUCAUCACCAAGGCACAGGGUCCAGACCUCAGCGUGGCAAAUCCAGAGGCUCGAUUCUUUAAUUCACACCUAAAAAAGAGCAGCUCCUGGGGUUGGAUUUCAUUGAAUAACCUUCCUAGAGACUGCUGAAUAAAUUGACAUGUCAGUAUUAA